AUGCCAGACCUAUUAUCUUCCAUCGCUGUGGUGGACUUUGGCUUGUCUCCGUCAACUCCCCAACUGAUCACUGCAGUCGCUCUUUUGAUAUUCUCCCUAUACUUACUCAGUAUGUUUGACUACUUCAGAUCUCUCAACCAUUUCGUGGUGCAGGGGAGGAUGGCCGUCAUCACGGGCGGUUCGGAUGGCAUGGGCAAAAGUGUAGCCAUGGAAUUGGCCAAGAAGGGUGCCAGUGUGACUGUCGUGGGACGCGAUGUGGCUAAACUACAGGCUGUCUUUGAUGCCAUGAAUACCAUUGCACCCCAUGUGUGCGGCCAGAAAUUCCAUUGGAUCCAGGCGGACUUGAUCGACCCUAAAGAAUCAGAGCGAGUCAUGGCUGAGGUUACCGAGUUUAAUGGUGGAAUUUGUCCAGACAUCGUUUGGUGCUGCGCGGGGAAGUGUAUACCCGGGUUUUUCGUAAAUACCGAUCCGGAGACCCUUAAGUCGCAGAUGGAUACAAACUAUUGGACCUCAGCAUUUACAGCGCAUGCCAUUUUGAAACUCUGGCUGGCAUCAGGCCCUCCUGGUCAGUCUCCAGAGAAAACUCCUCGGCGCCAUCUGAUCUUCACCAGCUCCACCGCAUCCUUCGUGCCGAUCACCGGGUACGGACCCUAUAGUCCAGCAAAAUCGGCGAUACGCGCGCUUGCGGACACUCUGAGUCAGGAGGUCGAGGUUUACAAUGGCACCAGACGGAAUCCGUCCAUCCCAGCCCCAACUGCGGAUGUGAGAGUUCAUAUUGUCUUCCCGAUGGGCAUCCUGAGCCGCGGAUUUGUCGAAGAACAGAAGGUGAAGCCGUCUCUCACGAAAUACCUCGAAGAGGCCGACAAGCCCCAAACUCCCGACAAAGUUGCCUCGAUUGCCAUCAAGCGACUGGAAAGAGGCCAUUAUGCGAUCACAACUACGAUGGUUGGCUCGAUCAUGAAAGCAACUUCGCUCGGGGCUAGUCCUAGAAACAAUCUCUUCAGAGACACGCUCAAUAGCUGGGUGAGCAAUCUGAUCUUCCUGCAUGUUAUCCCGGAUUUAAGGGACAAAGCUCAUCGAUGGGGCCGCGUUAACGGCGUCCCUAAAGAAAGGGAAGAGAAUGGAAUUACAUCCGUGGCGCCUGAUGUGCCCUGUUAA